AUGCGCGUUCUUCACUUGGGCAGCUUGCUGUCCGUCGUGUCCGGCGCUCUUGCCGCGACCUUCACCUCAUGCUCUAGCACUCAAAUAGCCACCCUCGAAGCGGCGAUCGAGCGAGCCACGAACAAGUCGUAUGCAGCUAUUGACCAUCUGGAAGCCAACCCCAAUGGCAGCGACAUCCAGACAACAUGGUACGGCACGUUUAGCACCGAGCGUUACAACCGUGUUUUGACCGCUUUCAAGAAAUUCGCGCCUGAUCUGGCCACGACAUUCAGAUAUGACUGCUCCUGCACCAGCUCAGUUGUGUUUGCCACGAUCGGUGGUACUUAUGGCGACGUGAAGAUUUGUAGUGUGUACUUCAAUGAAGAACUGCUGCCGCCUACUGGACGUCAUCGCAACCAAUGGGACACCAUUAUCCAUGAAGCGACGCAUUUCAGAGACGUUCUGGGCACCACUGACUACGGCUAUGGUGUCGACUACUGCAAGCAAUUUGCUUUGGAGGAUCCUGAAAAGGCGGUCAAGAAUGCUGAGUAA